AACAGCUCGCACACUUCGGCCUCAUUCGUAGUCUCUAUAUGCUGCCUGAGCAUAACUAUUGCUUCGGAGCGCGCCGUGGUAUUUUUUGCUUGCAAGCAAGUGAAAUAGUCCCAAGAUGCAGUCUGGCUUGGUACUGACCUUUUUUUUUUUUUACGUAGCUUUCCUUUCCCUUUUUCUCUUGAUAGUGACGGCACAGAAACAUCGAUGAUUUAGAAAAUUUCAAAAACAUCGAUGCAUCGAUGUUUUCAUCGAAGUUGCUGCACGUCUAAUAAAAACUUCUGCUUGCCGAAAUCAUCUUCGGCUCUGCGUAAACCAUGCUGUUCUUUUGCAUAAUAGGUUGACUUCAUAUCAUUUUGUUUACCAAAUUAUUAUUACUUUGUGUUUUUUGUAUUUUUUUAUUAAAUGUAUUAAACAGAAAUAACACUGUGAUACUGUUGUCAGAAAGCAAAUUAUCGAACAGUUUCCUUAGACUAAGAAAAUAUUCUGUUUUUAAAUGUAUUAAACACUAAUAGCACUGUGAUACACCAAAAAGUCACAUAAAUGAAUCUAUACUUUCCUAAUUAACCAGAAAAUUGUAUAAAUUACGCUUUUGAUAAAUUGCAUUUAUUAAAUGGGGGAACAAAAGGUGUGAGUCUUAUCGACCAGUGUUAUAAAUGUAAGAUUUUGGUAUAAGUUGUCAAUAGCAACGUUAGUCGUAACAUAACACAAUACAAAUACGUAAAAAUUAUUCAUUUCCGAGUUAACAUGGAGGAACUUCAAAAAGUUGGACUUUUUAUAGAUGAUAUCUAUAGACUGCGUGUUGAGGAACCUAGCCUUGCUGGUGAAAAAAUAAAAGUUAAACAAGAAUGCUUAAAAUACUCGAAAAAUUUAACGAUUUUCAAGAAGUUAGCUAAUGAUUUUUGUAAAGUCUCUGAAUUGCUUGCAAAAGAUGUCGAUAGGGAAAAACUAUGCGCAAUUGGCAACCAGAAUCAGCUAAAAACCAUUUCAAAUCAGCGGCAGAGUGAGCAGCAAGUCUAUCGGAACGAGAUUUUCGAGCAAACUGUAGAACUAGAACGUUUAAAGAGUGAACUACAGUAUUUGCAACGCAUCGAAACUGAGCAGAAUGAAAUAAUAAACAAUUUUUUUGUAAAUCACUAUUAAAAUUACUGGCGCCUAAGCAGACUUUUAUUGGUUGGAAUUGCUUAAAAUAUUCUUACGAUAACAUGUGAGACUGCAUAAAGGAACUUUUGUGGUUGAACAGUUGUAAGCCUUUCGAUUUCCACAGCCCCUAACGUAGCACAAUUUUGAGGAUGGCGGUUUGAGAGGUAUUUGUGCUUUUAGAAGAAACUCGUGUCC